CCAGUGGAGUCCAAACCAUACAUAUUGCAUAGCUAUGGAAGAAACUUCAGUUUAAAAAUAUUAUGACUGAUCAACGGCCCUCCAAGUGGUGUUUUUGCAAUUACUGUGUUUAUUCUACACUCCAAAAUUUAAGGACGGCUCAAUUCUGAGAGAAACAAAUUUAUUCUUGCGCUUUGGCUACGAACAUCAAGAAAUAUGAAUGAUAUUAUAAAACAUAAAAAAAAUCAUCCUUGUCCCAGCAGCACGGCGAUAUGCAAGAUGAUCACCCAGCAUAUGUCAGCUACUGAUUUUUUCGUUCCGGAAAAUAAUGUGCGUUUGACUGAGGAUCAGCGCAGAAUUAACGAUCUGUAUCUUCAGCUUUCUGAAGCAAAAGACAAACUUAAUAUCAACAAGGAAGCUCUCGAAGAAAAAACAACCAAGUUAAAUAUAGAGAAUCAGAAACUUAAAGAAUUAGAAAUUGAGAGGAAUAAAAUAAUUAAAAAUAAUUACAACCUUGAACGAAAAUGCAAUGAAAUGAGGGUAAUCAAACCUAGCACGAAGGAUCGGUGCAUCCUGGACCUUGGACAAAAAAAAUUCAACCUAUACAAAAAAUUUACGAGGAUUCGAUGGGACUACGGUGCACUCGACCAAACAAGAAAGGGGCUUGUUACAGACGGCAAAAGCUACAUUCACACAUUCUCUUUCCACAACGAUAUUGGGAGUAAUGAGCUGAGCGACCUUCUAUGGAAAGAAAUACAACUUUCAGUGGAAAAAAAGUCCUCUGAUAACAAUGAAGAAAAAGAAAAUAAUGCAGUGAAUAAGUAAGUUCAGGAAUUAAUCUAAAAUUACUGAAUUAACCUUUGAAUGUGUGUGUCGCAGACAAUAUCACAGUAAGUGAUAGUAUGAAAUUGAAUUCAUAAACAUGAUUUUUGUACAGAUUAUCCUCGUAAAAGGUUGUUUAGGUAAAUCACUUUUCAAUUCACUUGAAUAGAAAACAAUCUGAUAUCCAAAAAGACAUUAAAUAACUUACAUUAUUUUGAUCGUAUGUCAGGAAAUAGUUCAUUAUGUAGUUUAUUAAAACAUUACUAUAAAAUGUAAAACAAUAAGACAAACAAUAUAUUACAUAAGUACGAUAACAGGUGGGUAAAAUUAAAGGAAUUAAAUCGAUAAUUAAUAUCUUGGAGCUAUAGUUCACUUGUAAGGUUUCUUAGAUCUGGUUAUAUUACUUUAUAUACUAUGUAAACGAAAAUAAUAAACUGUUGUGCGAUUAAAAACCAA